CAAUUUGGUGGGUUCGAUCGAAAUGGCUGAAAUGUUGACGAUGAUGAUGUAUUGAGAGAGAAGAGAAGAAGGAACAACACCGCCAAGAUGAAGACGGAAUUCAAGUUCUCCAACCUGCUGGGAACGGUAUAUCGCAAGGGGAAUCUGGUCUACACCGACGACGGAACGUGCUUGUUGUCCCCGGUCGGAAACAGAGUGACGGUGUUCGAUCUGGUCAACAACAAAUCACAUACACUUCCAUUCGCGCAUCGACAAAAUAUCUCCCGAAUCGCAUUACAUCCGAAAGGUCAACUCCUUCUGACCGUGGACGAGACCGGACAUGCUAUACUAUCACACUUCCAACGCCGGAUAGUGCUGUACCACUUCUCUCUCAAAUCCGCAGUGUCAUCCUUGGUCUUCUCACCGAGUGGCAACCACUUUGCAGUCGGCCUUGGACGAAAGAUUGAAGUCUGGAAAACUCCUUCGACGCCAGGCGCAAAUGAGGGUCUAGACAGCGAUGAUGCGGGGGGCUUGGAGUUCGCGCCGUUUGUGCGAUAUCGACAAUAUGGUGGCCACCACGAUACUGUGCAAAGCAUAGAGUGGAGUAGUGAUUCGCGAUUUAUCCUCACAGCCAGCAAGGAUCUGACUGCGCGAAUAUGGAGUUUGGAUCCCGAAGACGGCUUCACACCUACAGUACUAGCUGGACAUAGAACAGCAGUCUACGCAGCAUGGUUCAGCCAAGAUCAAGAGACCAUCUACACAGUGUCGAAAGAUGGCGCACUCUUCCAAUGGCAAUACCUGCCAAGACCGGACGUGGACCCAGAAGACCUCGAUGCACUGGAUGAACGAUGGAGGAUCAGCGAGCGACACUACUUCUUCCAAGACAAUGCACAUCUCACGACUGCCGCCUUUCACCCAUCCUCAAAUCUCCUCGUGACCGGAUUCUCCAACGGUCUCUUCAUGCUGCAUGAGCUUCCCAGCUUCAGCGAGAUCCAUAAGCUCUCCAUCGCAGCCUCAAAUGUCGACACAGUGUCAAUCAAUGCAAGCGGAGAAUGGCUAGCAUUUGGGUCGUCAGCACUCGGACAACUAUUGGUCUGGGAGUGGCAAAGCGAAUCGUACAUCUUGAAACAACAAGGCCAUUUCGACAGCAUGAACGCAUUGACAUAUUCUCCUUCCGGCGACCGAGUCAUCACCUGCGCCGACGAUGGCAAAAUCAAAGUCUGGGACACAACAUCAGGCUUCUGCAUAGUCACAUUCACAGAACACACAUCCGGCGUCACAGCAUGCGAGUUCGCUAAACGAGGCAACGUCCUCUUCACAGCAUCCCUCGACGGCAGUGUCCGCGCAUUCGAUCUCAUCCGCUACCGCUGUUUUCGAACCUUCACCGCACCAAAGAGACUAAGCUUCAGCUCUCUCGCCGUCGAUCCGAGCGGCGAAGUCGUGGCAGCAGGUUCCCUCGACGACUUCGACGUCCACAUCUGGUCCGUACAAACCGGCCAACUCCUCGACCAACUCAGCGGCCACGAAGGUCCCGUUUCCUCCCUCUCUUUCGCUCCUAACGGCGGCACCCUCGUCUCCGGCUCCUGGGACCGCACAGUCCGAAUUUGGUCCAUCUUUGGCCGCACCCAAACCUCCGAACCUCUUCAACUCCAAGCCGACGUCCUCGCCGUCAAUGUCCGGCCAGACGGCAAACAGAUCGCCGUCUCCACCCUCGACGGCCAACUCACGUUCUGGUCCCUCUCCGACGCCACCCAAGAAGCCGGUCUCGACGGCCGCCGCGACGCUUCCGGAGGUCGGAAAGCCACAGACCGCCGCACAGCCGCAAACGCCGCCGGCACGAAAUCCUUCACCACCAUCGCCUAUAGUGCGGACGGCACCGUCCUCCUCGCAGGCAGUAACUCGAAAUUCAUCUGCCUAUACGCCGUGGAAACUGGCGUGCUCUUGAGGAAAUUCACUGUCUCCGUCAACCUCUCCAUCGAAGGCACGCAAGAAUUCCUCAACUCAAAACUCCUCACCGAAGCGGGCCCGCAAGCUCUUCUUGACACCCAAGGCGAAGCUUCCGACUUGGAAGAUAGAAUGGACAAAUCCCUCCCGGGUUCCAAGCGAGGAGACGCAGCGCAGCGCAAAAUCGCGCCGGAAGUCCGGGUUCCAGGUGUGACGUUCUCGCCUACUGGCCGUGCGUUUUGCGCGGCCACCACCGAGGGACUGCUUCUCUACUCUCUCGACGCGGGCGCUACAUUCGAUCCAUUCGAUCUGGACAUUGACGUCACGCCUGAGUCGACACUUUCCACCCUCGCGCGCGGGGAGUGGCUGAAAGCACUCGUCAUGUCAUUCCGUCUCGGCAACGAGAAGCUCCUGCAGCGGACAUUUCGCUCUGUGCCCGUCUCGGACAUCACUCUCGUAGUCCGCGACCUACCAGAAGUCUACCUCGACCGCUUCAUUCGCUUCGUAGCCAAGGAGGCAGAUCGAAGUCCACAUCUCGAAUUUAACCUUCUCUGGCUCGAGGCUCUGCUGAAUACACAUGGACGCAUGCUGAAGCAACGACAAGGCGAAUUUGCGGAGGUGACGAGGAUGGUGCAGAAAGCUGUGGGAAGAUUGCAAGGGGAGGUGUUGAGGGUUAGUGAUCAGAAUGUUCAUACGAUUGAGUUUUUGUUGAAGCAGCCGAGGAAAGUGGAUGCCGUUGCUGGGGUUAAGUUGAAGGCUAUUGAGGCGGCGAAGGGUGGAGCUGAGGUUGGAGAGGAUGAGAGUAUGGAGGAUGGGGAGGGUGGGGAGGAGGAGUGGAUUGGGCUAGAGUGA